AGUCUGACUUUCGGACGUGAUGCGAAAGGGAGAAUGUGUCAGUUCUCGCCAGGUCUGAAUUUAUGAUGUUAUUCUUCAUGAUUAAAAGGCAAGAGUAGAUAAGGACUGCCUUGUGUCUGGACUGAUUUAUUCCACACGUGCUGCACUCUGCUUCUCACCGCUGUGUUUCGCUCUGCUACCGGCAAGAGAAAGAGGCCUGAGGAGGACUUUUGCAGGAAGCACGGAUAGCUUGCAGAGUUCCGCAACGGAAGCGUGCCGGGCUCCAUGUUCAGUCUCUGUGUACCCUCUUGUCCGGUGUAAAUAAUUCCAACAGGUUAUGGAAGCUCGCCAAAGCUUUGAAGCAUUGCAGGAACGUCCCACGUGUGGGGAAGCCAGCAGGAAAGUUGCUGGGGUCCAGCUGGAGCUCUGGAGCUGUGUCUUUGAAGCUGGAAGGAGCUCGCUGGGGAGAAGCGAUCUGCCGGAGCCGGGAGGCGGAGAAAGCUACUGCCGGGAGACGUGAGUAAGCUUAGCCCCCGGGGAGGAGAUGGCAGACGAUCGUGAAUCAUUCUCAGUUCCCUUUGAGAAAUUAAAUGGACAAAAUUGGGCCGAAUGGAGCCGGAAGCUAAAGGCCUGGCUGGUAGCCAAGGGGUUGUGGGAGGCGACCCAGGGGCCCCUCUCCCACCACCGGCAGCAGGAGCACCAGCAGCGGACAUACCGGCUGCACACGCGUCGCAGAGGCAACUCCCCACCGCCCCGGGAGCUAUAGUGCUCAGUUUGGAGGGUUCCCAACUUCCUCUGGUUGAAGGGCUUGAGACUGCUCAGGAGGCCUACCAAGCCCUUGAGAGGGUGCACCACAGAACCACGGCUGGUGCAAAGAUCCACACCACCAGACGCUUAUUUGAGAUGAAGCUGCGUCCCGGUGGGAACAUCAGACAGCAUGUUACUGAGAUGCUUUCUGUUUUCAAUGAGUUGCGCCUGUUACAGGUCAACUUUUCAGAAGAGCUGAAGGUUUAUAUUUUGCUCAGCUCUCUGGACAAAAGUUAUGACAAUUUGUGUCUGUCUAUGGAAUCGAUGAGUCCACAGGAUUUGACGCUAUCGUACGUGACAGGGCGUCUUUCGGACGAACAGGAGAGGCGUGUCCGAGAAGGCAGGUCUGGCGCAGGCAGCUCCACCGGUUGCAGAGGUGGGGGGCAAGCCAGAUGAGAGCUGUGUUCAGGCUUUUUCCACUCGUCGAUGUUAUGUCUGUGGAUCCAACAGCCAUCUAAAACGGGCUUGUCCGCAGAAGAGCAGAGAGGCCGGGCAGGAUGUCUCCAAGGUCAACCAGCUGAGUUCUCAUGGGAACCAGUCUCGGAGAGGAGGCCAGCGUGGGAACGCGAAGGAGGGACGUGACUCAGAGAAGGGAGACUGUUAUCAUCUCGCGGCUUCUCUGGCAACUUUGAACAACAAUGCCAGCAGGGACACAACUAUGAAGUGGGUGCUGGACUCAGGAGCGAGUCAUCACCUGAUAACGCCAUCUGCUGGGGAGCUGCAGAAUUGCAGGGCUGUUUUAACUGGAAUGACUUGUAAAUUUGCUGACGGGAAAAAACGAAAUGUAUCUAAAGUGGCAAAUGUCUAUAAUUCUGUUUUGCAGGCUGAGCUGGAGUGCUUCAUUGUACCAGGGAUGAAGUGUUGCCUGUUAUCGGUUUCUGCUCUGGCGAAGCAGGGAUACAAAAUUUGUUUUGAAAAUAACACCUGUUCCAUUUUCAGAGGGGGAGGCAACUUGUCAACGUGGAGAGCAAGGACAAUCUCUUUGUUCUGGAAACACCUCUGGAGGGUGGUGGGAAUGCAGGGAAAGCACAGGCGCAGUGUGCUAGUGUUCCCAGCCAUGAUUCAUGUGUUCAUGUAUGGCACAAGAGAAUGUCUCAUGCUUGUCUGGAGGAUGUUAAGAGGCUGCCAGGCUGCACCGAAGGAUGUAAAAUCACACCAUGUGAGGGAUCCCUAGUGUGCAGGGCAUGCAGCAAGGUUCAAAGGUGCAGGUUUCCCGGGGUAAAGAGGGUAACCACAAAACCUUUUGAGUUGAUUCACACAGAUCUGUCAGGACCCAUGAGGUGUGAGAGUCUGGGUGGGGCCAAGUAUGUGCUAUCGCUGACAGAUGACCACAGCCAGGUUGGCUGGUGUUUCUCUCUCAAAUCACAGGGGGAGGCGGCGCAACUGAUCCAGGAUUGGGUUGCGGAGGUGGAACGAAGGUUUUCCACCAGGGUGCAAGGGUUCAAGAGCGACCGAGGGUCACAGUUUACUGGGUCUGCUCUGGAGGAGUUUUUCAAGGAAAAAGGAAUACGUCACCACGUGACGGGUGCAAAGUCUCCUCAAGGGAGAGGCGUGGCACAGCACAGGAGUGAAACACUGGCUGAAGCUGUCAGAGUUUUGCUGGGUGACUCUGGGCUGCCUCAGAGCUUUUGGAGUGAAGCUUGGAAAGCUGCCAACUUUGUUUUUAACAGGUCCUACAAUCACGAUGUAGGUGACACACCGUAUUUUCUGUUGCACAAGAGGAAGCCACAGGUGCAUUUCUUCCGUUCGUUUGGUUCCAAGGCUUCAGUGCCAAUACCAACAGCGCAACGGAAGAAGGAUGGUCCUAGGUACCAGGACAUGAUCUUCUGUGGGUAUGAUCCUGCAACAAAUGGGUGGAAGUUUGCAUACCCAGAGGGUGAUCAGACCACGCUGCUGGUCAGCAAGCAUGCUGAGUUCUUUGAGCAGGAUGGUUGGUCACAGCCUAGGUAUGGUUCUGAUUUUCUCUCAGACUGCUUGUCCGAUUCUGAGGGGGAGG